AUGCCCCUCAUCAAGCUCUACAUCCCUUCUGCACUGCUGCUCCUCGUGCUAACCUGUGCUCAGGUCAGCCGGUCCGUGCCAGUGAUGAGUAAAGGGCAGCCGACAGACUCCUGUGUGAUACACGCACAGACGCUUCUAAAGAACGUCACUCAUGCACUCACACAGAAAACCCUGUUCAGUGCAAUUGACUGCCCAGAGCAGAGUGUGGAGCUACACAUGGAGACUAACACCCCAUUUGUGUGUGCACCAAAGGAUUCAACAUGCUCAGGAAUCGCCACGUCAACAUUUGAUCAGGACGCGUGCCUGACAAACAUUGGGGGGGAUCUGUAUCACUACUACACCUUUCUAGUUGCUCAGCCGGACCCUGACAGUUUGCUCACUCCAACUGUACUGUCGCUCAGAGAGCUCAUGGAGAACUGCUUUGCAUGGUCAAAGCCAACAGACUUGGAGGCUGCUGCGGACCGUCUCAGCACCUACGAUGAAAGGCUGAGGCUCUGCAAAGUGCUGAAGGGCUUCCAGCUCCGCAGCAUAACAAUCAACAGAGCCAUAGCUUACAUGGCCUCUGGUGAACACGCUAAAGAAUCCACCGAGCUCUAACAGAGCAGUAGUUUAGGAACGCUACACAGAACCACUUUACAUAUUAAUGACAUAAACUACAGUAACUGUACAAGUUACAUUCACAUUCUCUAGAAAACACUUUAGUCUACUUUAUGGCUUUUUAACAGUACAUAUUUAUACUUUUACCUAGUCUUGUAACUUAU